AUGAAUUUCUACUAUCAUCCCGCGUCACCCUACUGCCGAGCAGUGAUGCUGGUGGCGAAAGCCCUCAAGCUCAAUCUCAACAUGCUGUACGUUGAUCUGAUGAAGGACGAACAGCUGCGACCUUCAUUUACAGCGAUCAAUCCGUUCCAUUGUGUGCCAACAUUGGUGGAUAACGAUUUAACGCUGUGGGAGUCACGUGCCAUACUGGUGUAUCUGGUCGAUAAGUACGGCCGCACCAAUAGUCGUCUUUACCCGAAGGAUCCAAAGACGCGCGCGAUCAUAAACCAACGACUAUUCUUCGACCAUGGUACCCUUGCCACACGGCUAGAGGAUUACUAUUAUCCGCUGCACUUCGAGGGUGCCACGCCCGGUGGCGAGAAGCUCGAAAAGCUCGAAGAAGCUCUCGGAUGGCUGAACGAAUAUCUUAUCACGAAUCCGUAUGCUGCCGGACCGAACAUGACGCUGGCCGACUAUAGCUUGGUGGCGACCGUUUCUUCCCUCGAGGUGGUCCAGUACGAUCUAACCAAGUAUCCGGCCAUUGCGGCUUGGUACGAGGGCUGCAAGGCUACGAUCGUCGAUUAUCAGGAGAUCAGCGAGGAUGGCAUGCAGCAGUACCGUGCGUACUUUGAAUCGGGACUACAUCCCGUCGCCUAA